AUGUCCUUCCAGUCCAAGCUCGACUCCUUUGUCGAAUCCUUCUCGCGCGUCUUUGAUCGCAAUGCGAGCACGCAGCAACAACUCAGCGUAGCAGGAGCCGUGGCUGUUGCGUUGGCUGGUACCUACUUCACUCUGCCCUCCUUCGAUCGCAAGACGCUCCCCUCGGUCAAGAAGGCCCCUACUCCUUCGAAAGGAAAGGAAGGCGAGCCCUACCCCUUGGACAUCUUCCCAGGCGGCAACUGGCUCGACACGCCCGUUGGUCGCAUCCGUUACUACGAGUUCGGCCCUCCCUCUUCCUCCGCAAAGGGCCACAUCGUCCUCGUACAUGGGAUCACGACCCCUCAGCCUUGGCGAGCUCUUGCCCCAGCAUUGACUGAGGCAGGUUAUCGGGUGCUCAGCUUCGACUUGCCGGGAAGGGGACUCAGCGAUAGUCCUCGGGUGCCCCACGAUACGCAUCUCUUCAUGAGCGUCAUGACCUACCUCCUCGCGGGUCUCCCGGCGUGGCCGACGAGAUUCCACCUGCUUGGUAUGAGCCUCGGUGGAGGCAUCGUGGCCAACUUCGCGCACUAUUUCCCGCAGCGCGUUGACAAACUCAUCCUCAUGUGCCCCGCCGGUGCUACGCCGAAGAACUCUCUCCGCCCGACCGCCCGAUUCUUCGGGUCAGCCUACCUGGCCUACCCUCUAAUGGAAGCCAUGGCCCGCACCCUCCCGCUGGGGCUACCCCUCUCAUCCGCCAACCCCCUGGUAGCAUGGCAAGCGCGCAAACACCCGGGUUUCUUCUACUCCUUCCUCAGCUCGUACCGCUCUGGCCCGAUCUUUGACCAGACGGACGUCUUCAAGCAGGUCAUCAAGGCUGGCGGCGGCAAGGUGAGCGCCAUCUGGGGCGAUGGAGACACGGUCGUACCUAUGAGGAGCUUGGAGCACUUGGGUGAAGAAGGCGAGAUGCUUAGGAAGAAUCUCAGCGUCGUGCCAGGCGGUGAUCAUUUCAUCGUGGUGACGAGGCCCAAGGAGACAGCCGAAGCUGUGCUCAAGCAUCUGGCUAGCUGAGCGCGACAGACGACAAGAGUGGGACAGAGCGUGAAUUAUGCUCGAAGAGGGCGAGAGGUAGAGACUGGAAUGAGACAACAGGAGCGAGACAGGAACGAUCGAGACCGAAAGCUAGUAAUACAUGUACACGGCGAGACGAGACCGAGGUUAUACCACAACGUCAUCGCUCAGAUCUGAGCGUAGCUCCUC